ACAACAAAACAAAUGACGCAUCCACCACUUUUAAAUUUUUAAUUAAUGUUGAAAUAAACUAUAUAUACUAUAUACACGAUCCCUUUCUUUUUCCUGUUUUAAUUAUCUCACAUAUACGCACUUCAUCUGUCAACUAGCUAGCUAUAUUAAUAGUCAAAGUUAUAGGCGCUUCUCUUCACAACACAAAUAUGGAGGUCGAAAGCUGUGCAAAAUCCCCCAUUAAAGAUUUAGCCCUAGUAGCCAUAACAAGAACUCAUGCUGGUUAUUUCAGAAUAGCCCUUUCUCUUGGAUGGCAAGCUUUACUAUGGAAAAUCCUACUCCGCGAGGCUGAAGAUUCAAGAAUAAAAAUGUAUUUCCUAACCAUUCUAUGGUCUUUCUCUCUCUUAAUCCUGGUUGUUCUGUCUCUGCUGUACCUGCUACGAUGCAUCUUCUUGUUGGAGAUGAUCAAGGGCGAGUUCUCCCACCACGUGGGAGUGAACUACCUGUUCGCCCCCUGGAUCUCGUGGCUGCUUAUUCUGGAAUCGGCCCCCUUCGUCACCCCCAAGCACGUCUCCUUCGUGGUGCUGUGGUGGGUCUUCGCCGCCCCCAUCGUGCUUCUCGACGUCAAGAUCUACGGCCAGUGGUUCACCAAGGGCAAGAGCUUCCUCACGGCGGUGGCCAACCCGAGCAGCCACCUGUCCGUGGUGGGGAACUUGGUCGGGGCGCGCGCCGCCUCCAAGAUGGGGUGGCGGGAGGUGUCGCUCUUCCUCUUCUCGCUGGGGAUGGUGCAUUACCUCGUGCUCUUUGUCACGCUCUACCAGCGCCUCUCCGGCGGCGACCUGCUGCCCACCAUUCUACGCCCGGUUUUCUUCCUCUUCUUCGCCGCGCCCAGCGUCGCCAGCCUCGCCUGGUACUCCAUCUCCGGAAGCUUCGACACCGCCUCCAAGAUGAUGUUUUUCCUCUCGCUUUUUCUCUUUACGUCACUGAUAUGCAGGCCGUCUCUAUUUAAGAAAGCAAUGAGAAAAUUCAACAUAGCAUGGUGGGCUUAUUCGUACCCGAUAACUAUACUGGCUUUGGCUUCGACACGAUACGCGCAAGAGGUCAACGAUGUGGUCGCUCAUGCCAUUCGCUUCUUCCUAUCAGCCUUGUCUGUUUUGGUCAUAUUUGGUCUGCUGCUUUUCACUGCUUUCCAUCCCAAGUUGCUCUUGUCCGAAGACGAUCCGCCUCUUCCUUCCACCGCCGCCGACGCUACUACUUUUCCUAAUUACUAUUUAUCUACCAAAUAGUUUACUCUCUCUAUAUUAAGUGUCAGCUAUGUCUAAAAUUACUUUUUUUCAAAGGAGAAAAAGUAUAUUGUUUUAUUAAAAAAACUAGCAUUUGCACUCGUGCAUUGCACACGAGAAAUACUGUUAUAUUUAUUUUUGCUAAUAUAUGAAUACAAAGUAUAAUUAGUUA